AUGGCUGUCAAAUUCAGCCUAAAGACACUACCCAGCAAGAUGUCAUAUGCACGCUCAUCGGCCCAAAAUCUAAAGAUAGCCCGGCAAGCUCAGAUGUCUGACUUCUGGAUUAACCAGAAGCUCGGUGGGAAAAGACAGGAAUUAAGCUCAGAUAUGCGUGCUGCCAGCGCUUCUCGCACAAUCUUAAGGACCACCAGCCAAUGGCCCUGGGAAUGGGCUGCUGAGUUUCUUCCUGUUGAGUGGACUAUUACCAUAUUGAACGACUUACGACAGCUUGUUCAAGGCAUACAAAACAAGCAGAAUCCAGGCCUGUGUGCCAAUAAUUACCAAAGAGUUAAGGAUGCCAUCGGUGAGAAAGCGCGUAUGCGCGAUUAUCAAAAUCCGCAUCUGAUAGAUCACGACUUGCAAUAUGCUUUUCGCCGCUACGGGGUCGAACCCAAGCGAAGACAGAUACAAGCACCAAAUAGGACGAUGGCAGCCACGCCUGCAACUCCUAUGGCUCCCUCUAUCCCUUUGACUCCGAGGAUUCCCAUCAUCCCAGCUGUUUCACUUGCAACAAUGGGCGAUUCCGAUUCCUCAGACGAGGGGUCUUUAUUCGUCUCAGACUCGUCUUCCACUGUCAAUGAGCCAAAUAGUUCACCUUGCCGCAAAUCAAGUAUUCUUUCUAUGACAUCUGCAAGUAGCAACGAAGAAGCUCCGCAGCCGUGGAAACGUCCUCAGUCGCCGGUUCAGCGCCCUGAAACUCCUGAACGCACUCAUGCCACUGAGCCAGAGGAGCCAGAGCGUAUGGAUAUCGAUAAUGCUGUCCUGAAUGAGGUUGUUACAAACGAUAUGAUCAAUCCCGGCUGGGACUUUCCGGCACAGUUUGUCCCAGCUCCAACGUACCGAGGCCCAGCAGAUCUUGCAAGCGGUAUUGAGCACCUGGAAACAAAUCAAAAACAAGAACAAAAGGAGCUUGCUCAGAAUAUCGCCAGCUUGAAGACAUCAAUCCAAACUAGAGAGGCUAGCAUUGCAGAUAAGACGUACAUGAUGGCCCACAGCGAAGCUCUUGGCAAAUUAAAGCAAAACCUCAAAAGCCAUAAUGAUGAGAAAGACAGGCUGAAAAGGGGCCGAGUAUGCUUCAAGCAGCACUCCAAAAAUGAGAUGGCCCUGGGCGACCAGCCCGUUGCUGAGACUCUCCGGUGGUAUACACAAAGCCUCCAAGCCUGCGACGAAGCGGUCAAGACAACGCAAACACAAAUCGACCAGGAGCGUCGAACGAACGCCCAGCGAACAGCCGACUUCAAAGCCCAAAUCGAUAAAGAUAUAGCACAACUUCAGCGGUUGGAAAAUCGUGAACGAGAUAUAAUUCGCAACCUGGAGUAUUACUCUGUUGUCAAAGGGCUAAUCAAGCUAGGGCCUCAUGGCAUGGAGACGUUGCUGACAAAACUUAAGUAUGAUAAUAUUCCAAUCCUCAAGAUGGUUGAGGAAGUCCAAAAGAGACAAAGUAUUGCCUGA